CAUUCACACAAUAUUUAUAUAAAAUAAAGCAUGUGGAUAAACUUUGGUGGCAAAAGUGAUCCUGAAAACCAGUCUCUGAUAAUCGAAGAAAAUUAGUCAAUUUUUUAAUUCUCGUCCAAAAUAGUUCCAAAUAGCAUGUCACAAGCCGUACCGCCAGUUCAUUCAAGGCGUCCUCGACCAGAAAUGAAUCAAAACAAUGCCAAUGAACCUAUAACAGCGGCCCGAUUCGGUGAAACCGAAUGGGAGGCACGCGAGAGGGGGGCACGCGAUGUACGGGAUUCACAGCGACAACGUGAGUUGGAAGAGGCCAGAGCACGGGCUUCCCAAAUGGAAAAAACCAUGAAGUGGUGGUCUGAUUGUACUGCGAAUUGGCGUGAAAAAUGGUCAAAGGUGCGAAAUGAGCGAAACAAAGCCCGCGAUGAAGCAAAACAGCUCCGAACUAGUCUGGAAGCGGCUAUAAAAGAGUCAAACUCAUAUAAACGAGAGAAAAACGAGCUCGAACUACAAAUAAAUCAGUUGAAAAAAGAGAUGGAAAAAGUCCAUUUACUGAUGAUGAAACAUGCAGGACAAUUUAAUGGAAAUAGUGAGGAACACGAACGUGAUGGUAGAGAUAAUUCAAAUUGUUCACCAGACGUUUCAUCAGAUGGUCUUAAGAAUGUGAAUAGUGAAGAUGGUUUAGUCACAAAUUCAACGUCACAAGAGCAAAAUGAAAAACGUGAUACCGAAAUUGAAGAAUAUGUUUUACAAGGUGCUGUCCCAAAGCAUGUCAUUGAAUCAUUAAGAAGUGAAGAAGAUCGCCGAAAUAGUGCGGAGGAGCGCCGACUUAUCCAACAAUUGUCAAAGGAUGAUUUCGAUGAAGAAUGUCUGAUGCAACAGAUCUCUAUGCUACAACUUAAAUUAGAUGAAAGCCGCAAGAGUGUGCAAACUGAAAGAGAAGAAAAAACCAAUUCGUAUAAAACCAUCGAAAAAUUAACGACAGAGCUGGAGGAUAUUAGGGAAAAAUAUGAAGAAAUUUGUACGGCUAAACAAGAAGCCGUUCGUGAACUGUUAACACUGCAAGAGCAACAUAAGGCCGAAUUGAGAAUAUUGACAAAUUCUCAAAUAGAAGAAGCCAAUGCCCGCGAAAAUUUGGAACGUAAAUUAUGCGAAAUUCGAUCAGAGCUUGAGCGUUUGCAAGCCGAAAAUGCAAACGAAUGGGGCAAAAGAGAACGCCUUGAAACCGAAAAAUUGGCACUUGAACGAGAUAACAAAAAAAUGCGCAAUGAAAUUCGCGACUUACAGGAACGAGCCGAUCGACGCGGAAGACCAAUUAACAGUAAUAACGAUGCUGAGAUACGUAGCCUUCAGCAAGAAAUAAUGGAUAAAAAUAAGGAAAUAUUCGAACUUCGACACUCGCACAGCAAGUUUAAAAAGAUGCUUGCCGAAACCAAUACAGAGUUGGGCCAUGCCGUACGACGUGCUGAACAGUAUGAAACUGAGGUGAAACGAUUAAGAGCACGUGUCGAAGAAUUAAAGCAUGAAUUGGCCGGCGCCGAAGAUGAAAUUGAUAGUCUUCAAGCACAAAUUCAACACUUACAGACGAGAAAUUCAAUAAGUCCAAAGCAUCAUUCAAGCUCAAAACCGAAUUAUCCACUCGAAUGCAAACCGAAUAUAAAUGAUUUGCGUCAAUUGUUCGACGAUAAUUCGCGAAUCGAUAAUAACAAGAAAAUCCAUCGUCAUUCAGCCAUUUAUGCCGAUGCAAAACAUACAUCAUUGGAUGAAAGUAUAUUUGAUUAUAAGGGCAAUGGUGGAGGCGGUGGUGGCCGGGAUGGUGGUGGUAUUUAUCAUCAGUCACAGUCAAUCGUAAUGGCCGCCAUACCAUCGUCUCGUCAUCCCGAUUUCGAACGUGUUAAACAAAAAUUUGACAAACCGGUAUCGAAUUCCACAUCAUCAUCGUCGAAUACGCGCAAUGGCAAGAAAGCCCGAAAUUUCAGUAGUUUUUUGAAGUUCAGCAACAAACGCGGUGAUUCGAUUCCAACAUCAUCGAAUUGUGACAUAUCAUCACAGAAUAAAUUACCCAACAAUUCAAAUUUAACCGAGUCGAUUGAUUCCGUUGACAGCACCAAAGCCAUAGCUGGUGACAGUUUGAGCAAUAAGAAAAUCGAUGCAUAUAUGCACAGUAGCAUUAACAUUGAUGGACUCAAAUUUUCUGAUGACGACGAAUGUGCGGUGCAGAGAUCAAUCAAGGCUACUAAAAGAUGGCACCGUAAUAACGAUCCCAAAAAUUUGCCGGGAAAUGAGGAAACGAGUGAUGACUGAAGCAGCAUAAACGGACACAUUCUUCUAUUUCACAUCCACAAUUUCAUUUAAUUAAGUACUUCCAAUAGGACUCAUCAUCAUUUUUUAUGCUCACGAGAAUUUUGAUAGAUAUAUUUUUCUUUUCAAAUUCGUUCGCACUUGUGGUAAUCGCGCUGUAUCAAUUGAAUUCUUCAAUGAGACUGAUGGCGACCACGGUUCUAAAGUAAAUGUUUAUUUUAUUUUAUCCAAACUUUGGUGCAUUAUAAUUUAGAUUAAGUUUGUUUCUGGAUCAUUCCAAAGACUUAUCACUCAAGUCAGAUUGAAUUCAUCGUUCAUUAUGAUCGUUCUUCACAUCACACAAUUUUAAUAUAACAUUCAUACAUUUAGAUUCGUUUAUAAUUUUACGAAUAAUCUCAACAUACUCUAAUCUCAAAAGUCACUUUAUAUUUUUUUUAUUCUAAAUUUAGACAUUUUUUAAGAUGAUAAAGUGAAAAUAAUGAUUUGUAAGUGAUUAAUUUUUUCUUUGACUGUGAAACUUUCGAAAAAGAAUUUUUUGUCCUCCGAAUUGUAGACAAAGAGCGCCAAGUCAUUAUUGCGCCAAAACAAAAACUUUACAAAUUGUAUAAAUAAUGAUAAGAACAAAGCAAAUUUUUUUUCAGUAUAUGAA